AUGGAGGCAGCGAUGGUCAGUGAUGACGAGCAUGACAAUGACAAAAUCACUACACCAACUUCCCAUCAAGAGGGAGAAUCUGAACCAUCUGAAGAUGAUCCUGGACCUCCAAUGCGUCAAACACCAAUGACUUUCGACCUCAAUAUGGACAAGAACAAAAGUUCAGCACCAGUACAGAUUGAGGACGACAAAGAAGACACUCAAAAGCACAAUCACUCAGCUGAGUUCUUCAUCUUUGGACCUGACGCCUCUACAUUGAAAGGCAAGUCAACAAGACCAACUCCAAAGAAGAUGUACGAUGACUUCUUCAGUCCACCAGAGGAAUUGUAUCAACAAAAUCAAUCUAAUACCGUCUGUAAUGAUCACAUGGAGAUCAAGAAUAGAAAAAGAAAAACGGAAAACGAAAAGCACGGAAUCGAUCGGAACUUGCAAACGGUGUUCGUAACCUAA